UUCCCUCCAAACACUCCCACACACCCACAGCUCAUACUCCUCUCUCUCUCUCUAUCUCUCUCUUCCUUCCUCUUCCCGCGCGCAUACACCGUAGCUCUAUGUCUACCUCUGACGCCCCGCCUAACGGUGCUAUAACCGUAACGGAACCGCAACGGCAGCUCCAGUUACAACCCCUCCCUUCAACCACCAGCACCGCCCUCGCCGUUAAGAAGCCUCCGCCAAAGGACCGUCAUAGCAAGGUCGACGGCCGCGGACGCCGCAUCCGCAUGCCUAUCAUCUGCGCCGCACGUGUCUUCCAGCUCACCCGCGAGCUGGGCCACAAAUCAGAUGGCCAGACGAUCGAGUGGCUCCUUCGCCAAGCCGAGCCGUCGAUCAUCGCUGCCACCGGAACCGGCACCACCCCCGCCACCAUCUCCUCCCUCUCAGUCUCUGUCCGCAGCUCGUCCACCCCCAAUUCCACCUUCGCGACUCUUGAUCACAAGCCGGGCCCCGGCACGCUCGGCUCCGCCCCUUUCUUCCUCGGAAAGCGCCUGCGCAGCGACGAAGACGAUGCCGGGGCUAAGGAAGAUAACGGCGUGGGCCUUGGAAUUGGUGGGCCCGGGUUCUGGGCCCUACCGGCUAGGUCUGAUUUCGGGCAGGUGUGGAGUUUCGCCGCGCCAGACAUUGUCGUCCCACAGCAGGGAUUGCCUUCGAUGUCAGGAAGGUUCGUUCCUUCAAUCGGGGAAGCUUCAGCUGCGAGGGUCGGGAAUUACCUUCCACUCGCUCAGGGGCACCUGAAUUUGCUGGCAUCACUGUCGGGGUCGUCUGCAGGGAGGAGAGACGAUGAGUCACACUGAUUUGAGGGUGGUUGCCAGGUUUGGGUGAAUUAGGGUUUUUAGGGUUUAGGGUUUGCAGGAUUUGAAAGGAUUAAUUAGGUUUUAUUUUGGUAACAAUUAGAAUUUUUGUUAUUUUUUAGGGUGUUAUUGGAGGAGAGAUUGGGGAAUUAUGGUUUUUGGAUGGAAGGUUUUACUUCUGGUGAUCUUGACUGAGAAGAUUUGGGUUCUUUUGGGAACUUGUGGUACCAAUUUACUGGGAGAAGCCAUUGGGGAAUAGGAUUUCUGUGGGAAUGGGUAGAUUUGUUUAGUUAGUAUUUGAGAUGGGGAAUUAUGGUUUUCCAUGGGCUAAUUGGAGGUAAGUGUUUGUGGGUUUAGAUCGACUGAGCGAUUACAUUGCACCGAGCAAUCUCGAUGAGGAGAAUUACAGCUUUUUGGGCGAUUGGAGAAUGUGAAAUUUGGUUUUGUAGAAGAAUCCAAAUGCUUGAUGUUGUGUCCAAGAAACUGUUUUUUUAAAUCACGUGGGAUCUCGGCAUUCAUAGUGUGCUUGGAAAUUAGGAUUUCUGGGUUUCAACCGAGUCGAGUUGUCGCUGCGGUUAUGAAGUUGUUUAUUGUUGAGGUUUUGGUGGGUAUUUAUUUGAAAUUAGUGACCUGCAAAUGUAGCUGAAGUUCCCCAUCUCUAAGGAUUAUUCUCGUGAUUGUGAUAAAAUAUUCAGUGAAAAUUUCGGGUGCACGAAUUGUAUUUUGGGAGCAUUUGCGUUUUUAGGUUGCUCGAGGUUGAGAUGCUUGGAAGAUCAGGCUCUGUCACUGUAGCUGAAUUCCCUCCCUCUCCCUCCCUCCCUCCCUCCCUCUCUCUUGCUUUAUAUAUGUUGGUGUGAAGAAUUUAAAGAAGGUUGCAGAAAAGCUUCUGUUCGAGACUGUAAGUUCGACAGCACUAGUUACUAUUGUAUCUUUAGCAAUUUUUCUUAGAUUUUUUAGAUCAUGAAAUAAUGAGGUCUUUCUGAAUGUAAUGUAUUGUUUUGGGAUGCCUGGAGUGUGAAUAAAAGUAUAGCUUUUCCGUUGCUCGA